AUGACCACACCCUCCAAACCCACCACCAACCUCCGCCCCCCAAUCCCAUCCCUCUUCAUCGGCCCUCCCUCCCACAACACAUCCACCACCUCCCUCCUCCCACCAAACCCGCCUCUCACCCGCCAACGCUCCACCCACCAACCAACAAACACCACCACCACCCCCCAAGACCCCCUCGCACGCCUCCGCCACCACAACCAACAACACAACCACCACCCCCCCAACCCCAACCCCUCCACCGCCCACACCGACGCAAUAUGGGCCUCAAUGCAGCACACCCUCGAAGAAGUCGAACUCUCCGCCCUCAGCGGCGCACACGUCUUCAACACGAAGCACGCAAGCGCACUAGACGAGCUGCGCACGGCGCAAAUAGCGCUUGCGCAGGCGUGGGCGAGCAGUGAGGCGGACGCAGAGUCAGAGUCAGAGUCGGAAGGUCACUCGGGGGAUCCGGAGGACGCCCGGCGAGACAAUCCCGCAGCAGCAGCAGCAGCAGCGGGACAAACCCUGCUAUCCCCAGACCGAAUAGAGCGGAUAGAAAGGAUAGCAACCCGGGCGCGCGGCGAGAGCGAAGCCAGCAUGGGAAGUGAGCAGACGGGACAGGACGACGACGACGAAACGCGAGACGAUAUCGCGCACGCGCGGCGGCGGAGAGAGGCGAAUGAUCGGUAUUUCGAGCGGGUGAGCGCGGGGGUGGCGGAUGUAGUUGCGCGGCUGGAGGAGGUUGCGCGGGCGAUGAGGGCGGUGGGGCAGGAGAGUAGGGAGAUUUGGGGGGAUUCUGGGGGGGAGAGUUUGGGUAGUGGGACGAGUGGGAGUGUGGGUUGA